UGAUGUGCCAAUAACAUCUGUCCGAUUUCUGUUGAAAUAUGCAGAUCACAGACAGAAAGGUGCCGGCACAGUGAGCCGCCACACUCCCAAAAGCAUCUGCUGCACUUCUGCCUUCUUGCACGCGGAUGUCACACAUCUUAUUCAGUCUUCCUGUCGUUCACACGAGUUGGCUAAACGUGUAGCUCACUACCUCAUCUGCGCAUCGUUCGCACGAAGAGACUGCAAACACUCCCCCAGCUGUGUGUAGGAUACACUGUUGAAGAACCGGAGCGUUUUAAUCGCUUUUUUUUUUUUUAUCGCAUUCUUUCGAGAUUACAAAACAAAAAUCUUAAAACUUUCUUAUCGGUUUGCUUUAUCAUGAGCUCAAUUGCGCGCGCAUUCCUUUAACGUUUUAACCAAGCUGAGCUCGUGACCGUAAGCUCAGUCUGACGCCAUAGUUACCGAGAACACGCUCCUAUGUAUCGUUUCUGUUAAGCGUAACGACACUGUUGAACUGUCCGCUGCACGCACUCUCUUCCUAUGUGGGGUGGACCUCGCUGUGCGCGUGAAGUUCAUUCCGAGCCUUCCGGCCGAGGCGCGCGCUUGCCUUAUCCUCUCGCUCUCAGGCAGCAGCAGCGCGCGGCUCUUUCACUCCCGUGUGUCCCCUUCGAGUCUCCCACGGACAGCGCUCUCGCUUCACCCACCUCCGUCCCCGAGCGUCCCGACUCGAGGAUUGUCCGGAGUGAUUUCUUUUUGUCAGCUGCGAUGGUGAUUGACAGAUGAUCUGACAGAGGAAGACAUCAGACGCCGUCUCCGUGCUGGUUAUCAUGGGGUGUGCCUGUUGCAAGCAGAAGAAGUCUGCCAAAGAAGCAGCAGACAUAGCAGAUCUGUCUCCUAGCAACGCAGGUGGGAGCUCCGUGGCCUUGAAUCAGGGCCGAUACUGUCCUGACCCGACUCAGACCAUCCCGGACUUCAACAAGGGCUUCUUGUCCAACAGCGCAUUCCCCAACACCAAAAUCAACCAGCGGUCAGGAGCCAUAACAGGUGGUGGAGUAACUCUCUUUAUAGCGCUGUACGACUAUGAUGCCCGCACUGAGGACGACCUCACUUUCCAAAAAGGAGAAAAAUUCCAAAUUAUUAACAACACAGAGGGCGACUGGUGGGAAGCUCGCUCUCUGGACACCGGCAACUCGGGUUACAUCCCCUCCAACUACGUAGCUCCAGUGGACUCCAUACAAGCUGAGGAGUGGUAUUUUGGGAAGAUGGGAAGGAAGGAUGCGGAGAGACAACUGCUGGGUCACGGCAACCCAAGGGGAACUUUCCUCAUACGAGAGAGCGAGACCACCAAGGGUGCUUACUCUCUUUCCAUCCGUGACUGGGACGACAACAAGGGAGACCACGUGAAGCAUUACAAGAUUCGUAAGCUAGACAAUGGCGGCUACUACAUCACCACCAGAUCACAGUUUGAUACCGUGCAGCAGUUGGUCGUGCACUACCAAGAGAGAGCAGCGGGACUGUGCUGCCGUUUGAUUGGCAGCUGUAAGCGGGGCAUGCCUAAGCUGGCCGACUUAUCAGUGAAGACCAAGGAUAUGUGGGAGAUUCCCCGUGAAUCUCUCCAGCUGAUUAAGAAACUGGGCAACGGCCAGUUUGGAGAAGUCUGGAUGGGCAUGUGGAACGGCACCACCAAGGUAGCGGUGAAGACUCUGAAGCCAGGAACCAUGUCCCCCGAGGCCUUUUUGGAGGAGGCUCAGAUCAUGAAGAGACUCCGUCAUGACAAGCUGGUGCAGCUCUACGCCGUUGUGUCUGAGGAGCCCAUUUACAUUAUCACUGAGUUCAUGAGCCAAGGAAGUUUGCUGGACUUCUUGAAAGAUGGAGAGGGGCAGAGUCUGAAGCUGCCUCAGCUGGUCGACAUGGCUGCACAGAUUGCAGCUGGAAUGGCGUACAUCGAAAGGAUGAACUACAUCCAUCGUGACCUGCGAGCAGCCAACAUCCUCGUUGGAGACAACCUGGUGUGCAAGAUCGCCGACUUCGGCCUGGCUAGACUCAUCGAGGACAACGAGUACACAGCCAGACAAGGGGCGAAGUUCCCCAUCAAGUGGACGGCUCCAGAAGCUGCGCUAUAUGGACGCUUUACUAUCAAGUCAGAUGUCUGGAGCUUUGGCAUCCUACUAACCGAACUCAUCACUAAGGGACGUGUGCCAUAUCCAGGAAUGAACAACCGUGAAGUGCUGGAGCAGGUGGAGCGGGGCUACCGGAUGCCUUGUGCCCCGGGCUGCCCGACCUCGCUCCAUGAACUGAUGCUGCAGUGCUGGAGGCGGGAGCCUGAUGAGAGGCAUACCUUUGAGUACCUCCAGUCCUUCCUGGAGGAUUACUUCACCGCCACAGAGCCACAGUAUCAGCCCGGGGAAAACCUGUGACCGGCACACGUGUAGGGCAGGCGUGACAGCAAUACACUGAUGGGCACGCUGUAGUACUCAUACUCAUGCUCUCAGGGUAUUUGACGUGCAUGUACCAUACAGGACACACACACGUACACACACAUAUAAAAGAUUCAUAUUAUUAUUACUUUGUUGUAACUGUUUAAAGACAGUUUCCCCUCUUCUGUCUUUGUUCACUGCAGUCUGUUCAGGACAGAUCAGUUAGGCGUAUUGAAGAGUUGGAGCUCUUCUGGUCAGGCCUUGCAGUAAUGUUGCUUCACUGUGUAACCAUGACAACAAGGAACUGAAAGAAGAUGUAGAUGGCUGUGUUGGGGUUGGGGGGUGGGGGAGUCGAGUGGAUACAUGAUCUGUUCAGCUGCCAUAUACGUUCAGGUCCUUUGAUUUCUCUUUUUGAGAGGAGCUAGAUUUUACUUUUCGCCUGAGAUAAAUAUGUUGUAAGAGAAAGAACCGCAGGUGCAACAGGUGAUUAUCACGCAUUGCUUUAAACAGUCUCCAAAAGCAGUCGAAAAUGAACCUCGUGCCCCUAUGUGGUCACUGAAUAGAUUAUGUACAUUGUGUACUAGGUUCUGUGUUAACUGAACAGAGAUCAGUUUUUAACUCUUUCUGAUAAAAAGAGCUGCUGAACUGAUAUCAGAGUCAUGCCUGUUUCCUGCUUUCCACCCUAUCGCCAAUGUGUGCCUUUAAACUGGUCAAAUGACUGUUUUCAAAUAAGUACCUUUAAAACUGUGCUAUGAAACUUUGAGGGAUGGUCAGGAAUGCGCUUUAUUUGUCUGAUAUUUUGUAUGGCAAUUUUGUAUGGAUUGUCUCUUUUGUUUGUUUUAAUUUAACUUGGAUAUAUCUGUGCAUCACAAAGAUUUCUAUAUCUAGUUAACAUGUAUACAAUUUUCAUCCUUUUGGGAGGGCAGGGCAAUAUGGUAUCCAUAACAGGGGAAAAAAUAUAUCAGAGGACUGUGGAAGGAUGGUGUCUGAAAUGAAUGUAAGCUUCAUGAUGAGAUUCCCCUGUCAUGUCGUUGUAAUAAAGAUCAGAUAUCUUUUUUUCGAA